AUGACGGCCAAAUCUGAGCCGAUGUGCUCUCUCCAAGAGACCAUCCGUACCGGGAACUUUUAUUCCUUGGACGAAACUACGUUCCUUCACCAAAUCAAAGACGCCUUCUCCCCUGAACUUGAACGACUGAAAAACGUUAGAGCCGUCGAGGGCACCGAGGAGCAACGCGUCACAGCUAAUGGAAAAGACGAUACGUUGAGCCCGUCGCAAAUCCUCUAUGGGGUCAAUUAUGAUGAGGUCAACCGAACGCUUGUCGGAAUUCUUGCCCUUCGCUGGAUCCACAAUCGUGACUAUGAACGCUUCACUCGACCCCAAGCCCCCGAGUCACGCUUGACAGAGGAAUCAUUCGAGUGGCUGCGCGACCUCUUCGAGAGAGGAAUAGAGGGCCCAGAUGACCUUUUUGCGCUGGUGGUGUCAAUGAUCAUCAAUGAUUUGGGAAAAGACACCAACUUGGAAGAAGAUUUCUUCUUUGGAACCGGCGAGCGCUUGGGGGAUCGGAAUCACGAUUCCGUACUGUUAGCAGCAGCCAACGCUGGGAUGAUCACCGCUUUAAACUAUCUCACAAAUGAGAAACGAGAGGAGGUUAUGCUGGGUCUGGAGCUAGGAUCGGAGCUGAAUGCAGGGCAACUGGCUCAGGCCGAAAGUGUGCCUGUUAAUCUAGAAGGAUUGCUGGCCAUGCGAGGUCAUGAACAUGCAUUCGAACUCAAGUUCAUGGAGCAAAUCCUUGACGUCGCCGGCGCUCUAGGUCACCUUGACCCUCGUGGCUCCAAGAGCUUUAGCGAACCCGUCUUCCAAGCUUUCAAAACUGUGCAUGAGGUGUCCCUCGAUAUUAUUGCCGGCAAAUCCAACCCUCGUCAAGGGUAUGACAAGGUCCUCACAAAACGUGGAAACAUGCUUUCCAUCAAGGGAUUCCGCAGACUUAGUGUUAGCGAUCGAGAAGAACGGGCACUCCUCCGCUUGUUGACCAUGGGCCGGACUACAGACAAAGAGCAAGCUGAGCUAUUUUCGAAAGCAUUCAACGCCCUAGACCAGCAAAACAAGGAUCAGCUUGUGGCGGGUCUAAAUGUCGAUGGCAAUGGUUAUGAGACUGCCGUUCUGCCGUACUACAUGCCUGCAAUUAUCUCCACCACUUUAGAAAACACGAAAGACUCGGACGAGGAAAACAAGCGCCGGGCACUGACGUCCCUUAUGAGGUAUCUGGCCAAAGUCUUGGCCAGCCCAGGACAUGAUCCGACUGCUGUUCCCGACUUCGCAGUAUACAACAGCGAAGUGCCCGGUAUCAUCAUCGAGAGAAAUAUGUCAAAGGCGCAGGAUUUCAUCAACAGCCCAGAGUUCAAGAACAACCCGGAUAUACUGGAUGCGUUGGACAUACCCGAUGCGCAAAUUCUUCAACGUAGAAGGACCAGCCAGUCUUGGUGA